AAUUUGCAGAUACUAAAUGGCAUCUUCUUCCCAAGCACUUCCUCAUCAAAAUCCAGAUUUCAGCAGCUACCGGCCACUAUACAGAUCUAUGUUGGCAAAAGAUUGGGAGGAAGCUCUAAGAUUCUUCAACCAAUACCCUCUAGCAAUUCGAACUCCACUUAACCAGUACUUAGAGACUGCAUUGCAUGUUGCUGCUAAAGCAGGUAAUGCCUUCUUUAUGGAAAAGCUUGUAGCGUUAUUAUGGGACCAUGAACUUGGCCCCAGAGACGUCCAUGGGCUUACCCCACUUCACAUCGCUGCCCGGCAAGGAAACAUUGAGGUGGCUCGAAUCCUUGUUCGCAGGAAUUCUAAUCUCCUCUAUCUUUACGACAACAAAGGCUUCUUCCCCAUCCAUUAUGCGGUUACGAGUUCUCGCGGAAGCAAGGACGUCUUUCUGUAUUUCUUUGGUGUGACUAGGGAUGAUGCAUACCCCCUGCCUAAUCCAUACGCAGGCCCAACUGGUGUCUCUAUUGUUGUUUACUUAAUCGGACAAAAAUUCUAUGAUUUGGCUCUGCAGUUGGUUGAAAAGUACCCUUAUUUGGCCUGUUAUAAAGCGAUAGAUAACAAUAUGUCAGCUCUGGAUGCCCUAGUCCGUAUUCACCGUUCUAUUAUUAACAAACACAGUCUAAAUUUUUGGCAAAGUCUCAUAUACCAUUAUGUUUCUAAGGCCGAGUCAACCACAUCUACACCAAUUUUCUACCUCAUCACCUCACUACUACAAUGUCUGGUAAGGGAGAGCAUAGUAAACAAAAUGGUGCUGCACCACCAAUCUGUGAAGCUUCUUAAAUGGUUGUGCGAUCAACUCAAAACCAUAAAUGAUACACAAGUGAUGUCACUGACAAAACAAACAAUCUUUGAUGCAACGAUUUUAGACAUUUGGCAAGUCAUCCUAAACAUUGCGGAAGCAUAUCCUAUGUCGAUUUAUUUCUGGGACUCCAAGAAGCAGAAUAUACUUCACGUUGCAGUAAUGAACCGUAGCGAAAAUGUUUUUAACCUUGUUUGUGGAACCAAUGUGCUUAGGACUAAUUUACCGCAGUAUGAAGACAUAAUUUGUAAUAGUGUUUUGCAUUUGGCUGGGAAAUUGGCACCUCCGCACAAACUAAAUCUUGUUUCUGGUGCAGCUCUUCAAAUGCAACGAGAGCUGCAAUGGUUUAAGGAAGUGAAAAAAAUCACACCAUCAUAUUUCUGGUCAUAUAAGAAUAAAUAUGGCAAAACACCGAGUAUGGUCUUUACGGAGGAGCAUAGGGAGUUAAAAGAGGCAGGGGAGAAAUGGAUUAAAGACACAGCGAAUUCAUGCACAAUUUCAGCAGCCCUCAUUGUUACUGUUGUCUUUGCAGCAGCCAUUACAGUUCCUGGUGGCAACAGUGGUGAAAAUGGCCUCCCAAUCUUCUCCGACCACAAUGCUUUCACAGUAUUUGCCAUCUCAAAUGCUGCAUCUCUCUUCACAUCAGCUACUUCCUUGCUCGUCUUCUUGUCCAUUCUAACUUCGCGAUAUGCAGAAGAAGACUUCCUAUUUACUCUUCCCAACAGAAUAAUCAUAGGCCUCUUCACCUUGUUUUUGUCCAUAAUAUUUAUGAUGAUUGCCUUCUCCGCCACAGUGUAUCUCGUAUUUGGGCAUAACAGAAGGGGAGUUCUUAUUACAGUGGCUGUAUUUGCAUGUUUGCCGGUCACUUCAUUUGUGCAUCUUCAAUUCCCUUUGCUUGUAGCUUUGGUGUCAUCUACGUAUGGACGGGGCAUUUUCUAUCAGCGUGGCUUUCCCCAGCUCCCAUAUUGACUCGCAUGCCACUCAUAAUUUAUUGGUUGAUGAUAGCCAAACUCUAGACAUUGUAAUGCUUUGAUCAUUUUAAUUUGUGGUUCUAUGUAAGUUUCAGCCAAAUUACA